AUGUUCCAUAGUAAUAAUAGUAAUCUUUAUAAAAAAAGGGAUAUGGUUAAAAAUGUCUUUUCUCUUUUUUCCUUUACAAGUAAUGUAGACGAUAAAGCUAUUAAAUUAUGGCCCUUAAAAUUUAUUGAGAAGGAAGAAGAAUCUUUAUAUAUUAAAAAAAUUUGUCAUAAUAUUUACAAGAAAAGAUUUUUUCUCCUCAUAACACAUCUGAGCUCUCUUAUAUUUAUGUAUUCCAUAUGUUUGAUAGUAGCAAAAAUUAAUGAGCUAUUUUCCAAGUUAAAAUUCACGUUUAUGUUUUUACACAUUUUUGUUGUAAUUAAUAUAUUAUUCAUUUUAAUGUUGCACUAUACACAUUAUGUAGAGAAACUUCGAAGGUGGAGAGGGAAAUUAUUUGUAUUGCAUAGUAUAUGUAUAUUUCUUUUGUGGUGUUCAUGGUUAUUUAUCUUAUUUAAUGACGUGAAAGAUUAUUUACCUAUUGUUGUGAAUGUAAAUAAAUUUUUAUAUGCAACUUAUACUCAUAAUAAAAUUAAUAUUAUCUUUUGUUUUUUUGCAUAUGUGCCAAUUUUUUAUUUAAUUACAAUAAUACCAUGCAGAAUAUGCUAUUCUUUUACCUUUGAUCUUUUGUUCUUCAUAUUAAGGAUCGCCAUAUUUUCCGUUUAUUAUCUCAUAACAGUAAAAAAUUAUAUCUUAAUAGACAACAUUUUUAUGAUAGCGUCAUCAAUUGUAGGAAGUAUAUUUAUUUUCGUUAUACGAUAUAUCAUAGAAAUUCAGAGACGACUAGCUUUUCACAGUUGGAAUAAACAAAUAAAGCAAAUUAAUACGUUAAAAAGUAAUUUGAAAGAACAGAAAGAAAAAUUGUCACUCACUAAUAUUGAAGAAAUUUUCAACCUCAUUAAUGAUUGCAUAGGUAAUUACUAUAACACAAAUGAACACCUUGAAGAAAAAAAUAUAUCUGUUGUAAAUAAUUUAAAAAAAAUUUUAACCAUAUUAAAAGAAGACAAUUUAUUUUCCCCAGACAGCAAAUUUUUAAAUAGAAAGAAGUACAAUCAUAUAUAUGCAUAUAUUAUGGAUGUGAAUAGGAACAAAACCCUGUCGGAAAAUAAAGAACCAUUCAAAGAUGUAACAGAAGAAUUUAAAGAAGAAUCUGAAACAGAAUCUUUGAUGGAAUCUAUAUCAGAGGAAAGAUCAAAAACUAAAAUAGAUGAAAAAUCAAAAAUGUAUUCUAAAUACGAUGAAUUUAAUGUUAAAAAUGAAAUGGACAUGAAUUUGAAAUGUGACAAUGUAAAUUUGGAUAUUUGGAAUACCUCCUUUUUGAAUAAUGAAACAUUAAAUGAAGAUAUUUUUAUCCAUAUAGGAAAUAAAUUAUUAAAAAUGUAUUAUACAACAAAUCAUAAUAUUCCAAGUGAAACAUUAUAUUCAUUAUUAUAUGAAAUGAAAAAUGGUUAUAACAAUGUGCCAUAUCAUAAUUCGAUCCACGCAGCUAUGGUUACCCAACAUUGCAACGUUUUAGUAAGUAAUUUAAACACAGCGAAUAUUCUUAGGGAUAACGAAUUAGGUGCAUUAUUUGUUGCUUCCUUAGGUCAUGAUAUAGGACAUUUUGGUAGAACUAAUAUAUUUUUAAAAAAUUGUUGCAACUUUUUAAGCAUAAUAUAUAAUGAUAAGUCUAUAUUAGAGAAUUAUCAUUGCUCUUAUUUAUUUAAUAUUUUAUUAAAAGAUGAAAAUAAUAUUUUUAAAAAUGAAGAUCCGAAAUGUUUAUUAGCACUUAGACAACAAAUUAUAGAAUUAAUACUAGCAACAGAUAUGAGUAAACACAUAAAAAUAUUAGCUCAAUUUCGUAUAAAAUCUAUUAAAAUAAAAUCAUAUAUUGAAAAAAAUAUUAUCUUAUGUUUAAAGAUGAUAAUAAAAGCUGCUGAUUUGUCGCAUAAUUGUGUAGAUUGGAGUGAACAUUAUCAAUGGGUAAAAAGAUUAGUAAAUGAAUUUUAUUAUGAAGGUGAUGAAUUAUUUCAAAUGGGUUAUAAAAUCAACCCUUUAUUUGAUAGAAAUUGUCAUAAUAAUUUUAUACAAAUACAAAGAACCUUCUUAAAAGAAUUAGUCUAUCCUCUAAUCAUAUCACUUAAAACUCUAGAUAAUACAUCUAUUACACAAGAUAUGAUUAAUAACGUUAAAAGGAAUUAUUCCAAGUGGACCAAAAUUGAAAAAUGUCAAAUAAAAAAAAAAAAAUAUUUAAAUGAACUUUUAUGUAACAUACCAGAUAAUUGGGCUCGUGUAU